GUUAGCAACUUCUGCGCUGUCCUGUUCAAUGCUAUCAUACUUUAUUGCUGUUUUAAAGAUGGUGUUACUUUAUUCUCAUUUCACCCUAGCCUGAUGUCCUUAGGGUGGAUCAUUCUAAUGUCAUCUGCAAUAAAUGCUAUAACUCCAGGAGACUUUGCAACUGAAUGGAUGCCGAUUCGUCUCCGCAGCGCCCGUCACUGGGUUAUACAAAUGUUAGCUGGUGUAUUUAUAUUAAUUGGCUUUUUUGUAAUACUUGCAAAUAAAAUCGCCCAUGACAAGUCACACUUUGUCACCUUACAUGCAAAAUUUGGGCUAGCUUCCUUGAUUUUUAUGUGUUUAACAUCUUUGGGAGGUGUUGGUGCUCUAUAUAGUUUGAAGCUAAAGGACUACAUCGCACCAAUUUACACAAAACUAAUCCAUGCUAGUGCUGGCUUGUUGACCUUUACACUGGGAAUAAUCACCAUAUUACUUGGUACUUUAUCACGCUGGUGGUCCUUUGGUGAAAUAUUAAGAUACACAAGCAUGAUUUUAGUUCUGUUGGUCAUGCUAUUUACUCUACUUCGACCCAGUCUUAAAGUGUAUUUCCGUCUUAAAGAGAGACUUGAAAAUAUGAAUUAAUAUGUUCUUGCAUGACAAUCUGAUAAUAAUUACGACUUGGCAAAGCAAACUGGUGUUCCUGCAUAUAUUUUAAGAAUUAUUAUUAUAAUGAUGUAGAAGUUUAUGAUAAAUGUUUUAAUUUUACAGUUAUAUUUGUAUAUUUUGUAUUAGAAUAGGUGCUAUGUUAGAUAAUAAAAAGCUUUACAUGUGUACAAUGCAUAGUUUACUAUUGCUGGUAUAGUAUAUUUUUAUUGAAAUUUUACCAUUUUCUUAAUUCAAAGUAUACUUAUUCUAUCAUUAUAAUCUAAGUGGUCCAAUCCUAAUACUACAUAGUUACCAGUGAAUUGCUUUCAUUUAGUAUUGUACUUUACAAUGAUAAGUACAGUGUAAUGUGAUUUAUUUUAAUAGUCUAUAUCUUUAUGAAUUUACAAUUGUUUUUUUUAGUGAUUUUAAAAUUUUAUAAUACAAAUAUACUUAUUAAGUAAUCGUUAUUUACAAUACAGGAUUUAUUGUACCUAUUUUUAUGAUAAGUGUUUUUUGUUAAAAUGAUAAUUAUAAAUAAUUUGUAAUGAAACAUUAGUUAUCUCAAUAAUUAUUUCAUGUUCUCUGAAGAUAAUGAUCUGAAAUCUUUAUUUAAAUCAGACUUACUAUUUUUAAAAUCUUAAAUUGAAAUUGUUUAGAUUAAUAAAUAGCAAUGUUUAUGUAAUGUUACUGUCUUUAAUGCCAAAUUAAUUAGCAAAUACUAUUUUGGAUAGCGCAAAAUGAAUUAGCUGUUAAAAUACUUAUUUGAAUGUUUUGGAGUACUAUGAUGUGUAGACAGUAGAUUUAGAAAGAAUUUAUGUCCUUUCCUAUGUAAUUUAAAAUUGUGAUUUGUGCCAAAAAGUAAUCGUGUAGUGGUAUUUAUUUAUAAAUACCUACAUUUUAGUAAUGUUCUAUCAAAAUUGCAUUUACCAAUUGUUAAUUAGAAAGCAUGUAUUGUAGUAAUGAACAAUUUAUUGGAUGAAUAUAUAUGGUGUAUUCAA